GGGGGAGUAGAACUACGGUCAACGUAUUUAACAGGUUGUGAUGAAAGAAUGAAAGAUGAAACUGAUAACUGAGUAUAUGCAAAUGAUAAGAGAAUCAAGAAAAGGAAGAGGGAUGGCACAAAUUCCUGGUAAAAACAGAGCAAAUGUAUCGAGGAAGAAAGGAUGGACUCUCCUAAAUUGCCGAUUCAGGUUUCCAGUCGAUGGUCAGUGAAACGUACGGUCCCUUUCAGACAACCUCAAUUUUGUUUGUGUCCGUGGGGUCCUUACCUCCGCAAUUUACUUUGCUAUGCUCCCCCAUUUUCUUCCCUUUCAUUUUUCAUCGUCUCUUUUCCAUCAACAAUUCUUCCCUUCUUCUCACUCUACUCAUAACUGCAUCCGACAUGAUGUUUGAUAUAAUGAUCUUUCAAGAACUGGCCUUUACUGUGGCACUAUCUGUAGUGAUCUAUUUCAUCUUCUGCAAAUUCAAUUCAUGGGUUUCCCAGGAAAGGGGCAAGAUUCAGUCUUUCUGCUGUGUAGAUGCUAGUGAAAAGGCAGUUUUGUGCGAGUGCAAAGAUGGGAAGCUGGAAUUCAAGGAUUUAGUGACGGAUAGUAAUGAUUUCAUUGGUGAUCAUCUCGAAGUAGAAGAUGGGGAAGUCAAGAAAAAAGAAGUUUUAUCUCCUGUCGGUGGGGAUGGUGGAACACCACACGAAGUAUUUGAUGAAAGUCUUAUUAGAAGAAAGGUUCAAGAAAUUGAGGUAGAGCGUAAUCUUGAGGAUGAUCAUCCAGAAAUCCAGGUUGAACUUGGGGAGAUUGAAGGAUCAUCAAAAAUGAAUGAAGAUGGGGUUGUGGAGGGAAGGGCUAAGGAUGAGAUAUUAAGAGCAGGCAGCACGGAUGGGGAGGAGGGGCUGUUUGAUGAUUGGGAGGGGAUUGAGAGAACAGAUUUGGAGAAGGAAUUUAGUAGUGCAGUGGUGUUUGUGGAUUCAAAAGGCAAUACUGACCGACUUGUGGACGACGUGAAGAUGCAGCUUUAUGGCCUUCACAAGGUUGCUACAGAGGGUCCUUGUUGCACACCUCAGCCAAUGGCAUUCAAGCUCUCGGCUCGUGCCAAAUGGAAUGCUUGGCAGAAGCUAGGUGACAUUAGCCAGGACGUGGCAAUGGAGCAAUAUAUAGCACUUCUGUCAAGAAGCAUAACCGAUUGGAAGGAUGAACAAUGAAAGCUAGAUUCAUGGAAAAUGCUGCCCCCGGGAACUCCAGAUCAGUUGGAGAACAUUCAUUUCAUCAUCUUAGGAUUGCAAGUACAAAAUGUAUGGGUAUCUAUGUCUGUUUCUAGUGUAUAUUCAAAAGGGAUAUGCUGUGGUAAGUUUAUGUAAAUAAUUCAGGUUACUGUGUAUUAUCUAAAAUGCAUUAUCAUGCAUUUUAUAUUUUUUAUAACAGUGUAGGAAUAAGUGACCAGAAAUGGUGGAUAACAAAAUAGAUGAUUCUUUUUUAUUGGAAUCCCUUUAGGCCAUUAAAAGUACAAAUAUCAUCCAUUUAAUAACCCUUCCC